CCGCUUGAAUGCCGAUCAUUGAUGGCCUUUAAUGGCAGGUGCUUUUUCGAGAUCAAGCUCGAAUAAUCCCAGAGAUGGCGAGCCAUCUGCCCACGAGGGUGAAGAGGAAAGAUGUCGAGACGGUUUGUCACCACCCCUCAGAUUCCUCACUGUUCUCCAAGACUAAGAAGACCAGAAGCGAGCACGUUUGCUGCAAGGAUGGGGGACUUGCGGUGUUCGUCAAAGAAAAGACUGCAACUGUGCAGGAACCAGAGCCAAUGGAGUGUGAAGAAGUCAAAGGAGAGCUGAUGGAUGCCGAACACGAGAGAGAGCGAGAAGGAAGACCAAGCGGCGUCGGAGAUCGCGGAUUUCACCAGCUGCAGGAACAGUCGAAAGCACCAGACCCUCCACCAAACACAGCAGCUUCCCUGUUGUGGUCAGGGUUCUUUUGAGGAAUGGCUCAUCGAACAGUCGAGAAGAAGACAGCAUCUCUGUAGCAGACAUAUGUGAAGCAGAUGCAUCGUUAGGAAAUGAGAACCAGUUGUGUGGUUUAAGAUACAGAAGAAAAGGAAAGAUGGCGGCCAUGAGAAUGGUGCCUCUGAGCGUGGAGCAGCACAUACUUGUCUCCACUUUUGUUGCAGCAGCAUGGGCAGCAUUAAGGAGCCUGACGGAGAGCGUACGUGGCGACCAGUGUCACGUAGACCGACCGGAAGAACGAGGAGACCACGAUGUGCUGUUCUUUGGAACAGUUUUUGCUUUCGUUUUUGGAAACCUGGAAAUAUUUUUUUCGUGUUUUGCUGCCAUGUCAUGUGUUGUGGGAAUGCCACUCCCUCCCACGUAUUUUGUGAGCUUACUGCCGCAACAUUCUGUUUCUUGUUUCGAGAA